AUGGCAUGGACCGAGCUGCCUACAGAGAUAAGGCUCAUGAUCCUCGUAGCUCUCGUGGAAGACGACGAUUGCAACUUUGCAGACUUGGUUGUAGUGUCUAAGGAGUGGCAGGGAGCAAUCGAGCAACACAAUUUCAAACAAAUCAGACUCACACCGUCACGUAUCGCUGAGCUCGAUACGAUGACACUUCGCCACCGACACAACGUACGUUACUUGUGGUUUUGCCUAGAACUCGAACGAUACGAUUGCCCAGACGACAAUACUCUCAUAGAGGCAGCAUUUCGCCACCUCUUCUCAGUCAUCAGCACUUGGGCACCCGAUAGCCGUCUGACACUUGAUAUAAGCGUCUACUCAACAAGCGACCGAGACCGUUGGUUCAAAUAUCUGACCUUUGAGCCUGAUACCCCGCCAAAGGCAGGCAGGCAUGAUCAAGAGUUGGAUCCAGAGACAGUGCUAGCUAGACAAAAUGACCACAGACAUCGAUGGGAUAAACGUGGUUCUUUUACAGUUCAUCCAACUGGUUUUUCUCCAGUUCAUACAGAAGGUUUCGCUCUGGUUCCUCUGCAAACUGCUAUUGAGAAAGUCUUUUCCCCGAUCAUGGGAACUGAUGAUGCCGAUGUCGAUAACAAUGACGAUGACGGUGACGGCGACGAGCCAGAAAACGAAUGGUGCGGGCAGUUGCCUCAAGUUCCAGCUGUAAAACGCAUCUUAUUGCGCCAACAAACCCGCCGUCGUUGGUCCUCUGAAGGCCUUGCUGAAAUCUUUGCUCAUCUCCCUAGGCUGAGUGAGCUUUGUUAUGAACCUUGGAGAGAUUGGGAUGAUAUCCGUCAGGUAUGGAUGGAUGACGAUUUUCUUGAUCUUCUUCAGUCGCUGCCCCUUAGGAGGCUGACUAGUCUAAGUAUCUUCGAGAAUUUCAACCAGCGGUAUAACCACGCCUAUCUGGCAAUGGAUUGCUCGGAUAUUCGGACUCCAAACCUUAAUAUUAGUCAAAUGCUUUCCAGGAUCAGUAUCAACUUUGAACAUCUCUCCGCGUCGUUCAUGGUGGAUGCAAGCGAGUUCUUUGAUGUCGAAGAGUACCAAUCCCCUCAGAGGUGGCCAAAUCUGAAGUCUCUGGUACUUACCUCGCAGCUGCUUGCACCAGAUAAGAGUCAUACCAGCAUUAUGGAUAUGCUUCGAGAAGCGGCAUUGAGGAGUGCUUGUAUGCCGCAGCUCGAGACCAUGGAGAUAUGGAAUGGACGAGAAGGUCUAGCGGCACUCUUCAGAUAUGAUGGACGGACCCGACCUUCCACUCUUGAGUGGAGAAGCACCUGGGAUGUUAAGCUGGGGCUCUCCGUUAUCCGGGCUUGGGAAGCAGCUAGCAUGAAACGGUCGGGUCAUGGAGUGGAAUUGGUGUACAGAAUGCUUGAUAGCGAGAAUAUCCUAUCUCACGCUGACGCUAUACUCGCACUGGAUUUUCCAGAGCUCGUCAUUCGGCCUGUUUCGUUGCAUCAAAUCCAGAGGGAACACAGUUGGCGCCGCAUUGCCCUGACAUAG